GAUCCAACCGAAAGAGAGAGAGAGAGAGAGAGAGGGGAAUGGAGAGCGGGGCGGUGAGGUACGGGAUCAUAGGGGUGGGGAUGAUGGGGAGGGAGCACAUGGUCAACCUCGCCCACCUCCGCAGCGAGGGUGCCACUGUCACCUGCGUCGCCGACCCCCACCCUUCCUCGCUGGAGCACGCCCUCGACCUCGCCCGCUCCCUCCACGCGCCACCUCCCGCGGUAUUUCCAGGACAUCGUCAGCUAUUAGACAGUGGACUUUGUGAUGUUGUGGUUGUGUCAUCUCCAAACAUGACGCACUUUGAAAUUCUCAUGGAUAUAAUUAACCAUCAUAAGCCCCACCAUGUUCUCGUGGAAAAGCCAUUAUGCACUACUGUUGAGGACUGCAGAAAGAUUGUGAAUGCAGCCAAGCAGCGGCCAGAUAUUCUAGUCCAAGUUGGACUAGAAUACAGGUAUAUGCCUCCUGUAUCUAAACUAAUUGACAUAGUGAAGAGUGGAAUACUCGGGCAUGUCAAAAUGGUGGCAAUCCGCGAACAUCGAUUUCCUUUCCUGGUUAAGGUCAACAAUUGGAACCGUUUUAAUGUUAACACCGGGGGAACUCUGGUUGAGAAGUGUUGCCACUUUUUUGAUUUGAUGAGGCUGUUCGCAGCCGCAAAUCCUGUUCGUGUGAUGGCUUCUGGAUCUAUUGAUGUUAACCACAAGGAUGAGACUUACGAUGGAAAGGUCAUUUUUUUCUACACUUCCAAUGAAGAUAUCUCAAGCACUUGGAUUCUUCUGGUUGAUUGUAUGCCAAUCAUUCUUGUGCCAGACAUCAUUGAUAAUGCAUUCGUGAUAGUAGAAUUUGAUAAUGGUACUCGUGGCAUGCUUGACUUGUGCAUGUUUGCUGAAGGCAGCAAGAAUGAGCAAGAAAUAUCUGUCGUAGGUGACAUUGGGAAGGGUGAGGCCUUUGUUCCUGAGAGCAUUGUACAUGUUGGCCUUAGAGCUGAAGGAAGAGCUGGAGUGAAGAUAGAAAAAGCCGAGGAUGCACGAAUCAAUCUAGGUAUGAUGGACUACAUCAUGGAUCAAGCUACCUGGAACACCUGCAUUUUUUAUCUGUGAUCAAAGGUGAAAGUAUCGAUGCCCCUGCCGUCAGCUUGAUGGAUGGUCUGUUAUCUGUUGCAAUCGGCGUUGCUGCUCAACUUUCAAUCGAGAAAGGACGCUUUAUUACCAUUCAAGAGAUCUUGCAAUGCUAGGACUUACGAUCAUUCAUUUCAAGGUAUUCAAUGACUAUUAAGGCUUAUAUUUUUUUUUUUGUUCAUAUAUUAUCAUUGAUCCUUUUGAGAUCCAGCAUUAGUUACCUCCUUGUAUUGUUCCUAUACAAACUUAAACAUGAGCUUUAUCAAUUGUGCUGUGCCCUAUGUUAGUCACCGAGAACAUCUCUAAAGAUGCUUUCUUCGAGAGUGGUAUCUCAAUGUUGACUCAGUCCCUUCAGAAGGAAGCUUUCAUCGUGUUCAUUCAUCCGUCAUUCAGAUUGGAGUAACGAUGAAGUUAUCUUCGCCGAUGGAUCAUCAUCCAACAUCUAACCAAUGUGUUUAUGGUAUCGUAAUUAUUGUUGCAACAUUAAUAUUAGAUUAAAUAUAUCUAUAAUAGAUUAUGUGUGUUGUUUCUUAA